CUCGCCGUCCCCUUCGUUUGGAAACAUGGCUCUCAACUUUCAAACUUCAACACUAUGUUUGACUCUGCCGAUAUCGUGUCAGAUAUGCCUCGGAAAGGUCAGACAGCCGGUCAUAUGUGGCAACCACCACGUGUUCUGUUCGUGCUGCAUGGAAAUGUGGUUAAAAAAGGCAAGCCAGUGUCCCUCGUGCAGAGUUCCCAUUACGACUGAGAACCCUUGCCGAGAAAUUAUAGGGGGUACAAAUGAGAGUGAUCAUACUGAGAGCCCCUCUGUGAGAAAAUGUCUCAGGAAAACUAGGGGAGAGCUCCUUCUGCGCGAGUAUGAGGAAGAAAUUGAAGGUCUCGUCAGAGAAAAUGAAGAGCUGAAAACCAAAAAUCAAAGUCUGGAGUUGCAACUGAGGACAAAUUUGGAUCCCUGCAGUAAUAACUCUGUGCAAGCAGAUGACAAAAGAGUGGAUCCAUACAUCAUGGAGGAAUGGGCAAACAGGCUGCAAACAGCCAAAGAUGUUUGUGAUAAAGUCAAGCAGGACUUGGACAAGCUUAAGGAGGCUAAUAAAACACUGCGAUCUCAAAAUGUUGACAUGGUACAAGAAAAUAUGAGACUGAAAGCUGAGGUGGUUAGUAGAUCCCCACAGAAGUUUGGUCGUUACACGGUUGCCGCCUUGGAAGCAAAAAUCCAGCAUUACCAGAGAGACGUUGACCACUUGAAGAAGGCUCUGGAGCGCAGUGACCAGUACAUUGAUGACUUGGAGAAUCGGCUCAGGACAUCUGAAAAGCGAUGUGCAGACAUGCAGGAGUCAAGCAAAAGCAGCACGCCUGGGCUGGAAUCUCUCAGCCAGCAGCAAAGGAUGCACAUGAUGAUGAGAAGCUUGAGUGAUAACGAGAGGGGGUCCAUCUGCAGCAAUCCUGAGGCAGACGCUCAGACAUUUUCUCAGACUCAGAGUUUGAUGUUCUUAUCGUGUGCAGAUCACAAGGACUCUCCCAAAAAUCCUUGUGAACUCCCCCAAAACGGCGAGGACUUAGAUGGCACCUCCUCAGACUUCUUUCCCUCCACCCCCUCCUCUGCCUUCCGCUCCCUGACGCUGAGGAGUCCACGUGUACGCGAGAAGAAACCUGUGACUCAUUUCAGGAGGCUUGAUUUUGAUGACAUUCCCAGUCCUGGGAAGACCUCCACAGAAAACCAGUUGAGCAGCGGGGAUGUGUUUCCCAAAUGUUUGCCUACAAAUCCUGAUGACAUGGAGCCACUAAAGCCUGUUUUUUGGGGAACUUGGAAGCUCUCAAAAGCCAAUGACCAAUCAUCUCCUAGUCCGAGUAAAGAAAGCUUGGCUACCGAUUCCACAGCUGCCAAUUUUGUUGCUGACGAGCCCGAUAGUUUCCAGAAGUGCAGCGAGGCCUCCAUGGAUGUGGCUUAUCUCAACAAAAUCUCUGAGUUGGACUCCAUGAUGCUGGAUGUAGAGAGCUCCAGUAGCCGUGGGUCUCAGCUCUCCCUGGAGUCCUCCCUUCCCGCCGACUUAGACGGCACUCUUGUCACUGAACCGCAAACGUGCUCUGGCGUCGUAGCACAAUGCGGCUCGGCGAGUAACACCGAGGCUUCCGGAGGCUGUGCUGGAGAAGGAUGUCCUCCAUCCCUGCAGGUGUCAGAUGUGGAGGAGAGCGGCAUGCCUGGCUGUGUGCAUCACGGAGAGACUGCUCACGUCGAAGAACUCUCUUUUGAUUUGCUCUUUGAUGCUCUGGAAGAGACUAAGGCCGGUCCCUCUGGCUCUGUCAGUCCAGCCGGUCGACGCCAGGAUCAUGUCGCCUCCCCCCCUUGUGGAAAACCUGUGAACACAUCAAGAGACAGACACACACUCAACACCGGCCAGCCAACAAAGAGAAAGUCCCACAGCCCCUUUAACGCUAGCAGUCCUACCAAACUUUCAAAGCUCAUGUGAACUUCUCAAACACGUUUUCGUGUCCUCUGCACUGAAACAUGUUCCGCUCAUUGUACGAAUUAAAAGUUGCAUCUUGGCUGUCUGUGACAUUCCAAAAACAGGAAAAUCACAGUGCUUUGUGUGUGUGAAGGCCCUCGUAUGUAUGUGGGAAAAGUAGACGUUUAAUGGAUUUUUAAAGACUUGGGUUAAAAAUAAAGUCUGUUAAAGUUGUAAGACAAAUUUCAGCUGUUUUACGUAGCACUGCCUGUCUACUGUUCACACGUUUUGCUAUCUGACUGUUUUUGUCCUAGAAGCUGUUAAUUACACAGGAUGACAACCUACUGAAAAAAAUAAUAAAUUCAAAUGACCUAGUAAAAAAAAAAAAAAAGUUAUUUUCUUAACACCUCAGCUUGGUGAAAAUGCUGAAAUUUUGUUCUGUAAAUGUAGUGAUUAUUGACAAACUUUGGACUAAGAAAGUGUUAAUUUCAUUCUGUGGCACUUCCUCCUGAUUAUAUGCAUUACAAUAAUCCCCCUUGUAAUUUAUUUUCUGUCAUUUAUAGCAAAAGAAGUGGCCUCUUUGUCUGUUCAGAGCCUGAUGUGCAUUAUUGUACCACACCUUUGACAUGCACGCACUCACAAACACACAAGAAUUCAAUUGUAGCAGAAAGCACUUUACUAUGCAAAUUGAACGUUAUCGUGUAUUUCACAUACUGCUAAUCGCUCACAUGAAAAUUUAAUUGGACAACCGUUGUGGUUGAAGUGAAUUCAUUGAGAUUCAUUAAUUUAGGUAAAGACUGUACAGGGUUACACUGGAGUAUUAAAUCAAUUUGUUUUGUGCUCAACUGGAGAUGAGCUUUGAGGAUUAAGGUGGUUUCUCUUCUGACAUUGUAAACAAUAUAGUUUGUAUAUACUGCAUAAAGAUGUUUCAAGAAGUUAAAUUGUUUUUGUCAAUUGUAUCAGCUUUCCAGCCACAAAAUUAGAUCAAAUUUGAAUGUAUUUUUGUUUGUGGUUUACUGGAGUGAGAAUGCUAUGAACGAUAAGGUCAUUGGGGGGGGUUCUUGCUCCUUUUUAAU